AUGCUCCUCUCUACAAUAACACGCUUUCCGCUCAGGCGACUUUCAUAUCUUUCCUGCUGUUGUCAUUCUCGCCGUUAUUUUUCCCAACAGAAUGAACUAACAGAGCAUGAGCGACGUCACUUGGAACAAGAAUUACCACCGCGAGAGCUCUUGACAGAAAUACAAUCCAACGCAAAGUCCCCUACCGACGACACUGAGAUGGGAGUAAACAUACCAGGUGAUUCUUUUGGCAUUAUGCGUAAUCGUGUCCCAUUUUAUAAACCUAUUCCGCGAGAAGUAUACGGUGGUGAGCUUGGUGAACUUUUCCCUGAGGGAUGUCACCCGAUGCAGUGUGUGAAUCCAGCUGUCCUAAGACGUCUCUGUGGACGACUUGGUGUAAGCCUCAAAGAAGCUACUGCAGCCAUGCAAAAAGCAGAAAAUGAUAUUAAUAUGGCUGUGGAUAUUCUUUCAAGACGUAAAGGUAUUAAAGCACCCUUUGGUAGUUUUGGUUUAGUUGGUUUUGAAUCCUAUGCAUCGGAAACAUUUUGUCUGGUAAGUUUUAGUUUGCCAUCUUUUGAGGCGACUAGAGAUGAUGAUGUGCUAGAUGCUAUUCAUGAAUUAACAUUAUCUGCUGCAGAAAUGCCUCUUGAUACACCAGCUGGUGACUUGGUAAAUAAAUUUGUAAAUCAUUGGACUAUUGAAGAUGGUACAAGAUGUAAAAAGGUAUUAGAAUCCUAUGAUAUUGGUGUUCAACGAAUCAUUAUGCUUCCACAUGGAGAUUAUAGUGUUCAAGGAUUUCAUAUUUUACAUCCUGUUAAGGAUGAUACUCCAAAUAUUGGAACAGGAGCAGCCGCAUGUUGUAUGGAUCUUCGAACAGGAAUACAUAAUCGUUUUCGAUUUCACGUGGAACGUGUUGCCGAUUCGGUAAGUGAGCAUGUUAUCCGUGAAUUAAUACAUUAUGGUCAACCAAUUCAUCUUUUACGUCAAUCCUACUGGUUUAGACCAGAGUAUAGUGUGGAAGAGUAUAUUCGUUUUAAGGAGUCUUUGUUACAACCCAGCGCAUCUGUGUUUGAGAUGCGAUAUGCUGUGCUUGCAGCAGGACCCUAUGGUCUUGAGGGAUACCGUAACCUUGUUGAGGUAGAGAAAUUAAAAGUGGCCCAACACAAGUAUGAAAAACAUUAUGAAGAUUUCACAUCUCCAGGAAAAUGGUUGACAAGCGAUAAUGCACAACUUCAAACAGUUUCAGCAGGUAGUGGUAAUGCUCCUGGUGCGAUUAUGAACUUACAGACAGAUGCUCCUGAUACAUCAAAAACGGCGAUGGAAACAAGAGUGGGACCACUUCGCCGCCUUUUGGAAAACUCCAUCCAAGCGCAUGGAGAUCGAGUCUUUGACCGCUUUUACCGUAAUAAUUAUCAUUGA